CUCUUAAACCUCCUGUUACCUCGACGGACCACUAACAAGGCUUACCGGAUUAUAUAUACCCAACUUACUGCCGUAUUCCACCCCCUGCUUAAACACUCAAACUUCACUUUUACAAUCUAAACAAUGGCGAUUCUCAUUUUGGAAGACCAAUUGGCAUUUUACCGGGCGUACCACUUCAAUAAGAUCAAUGUGGCGAUCCACGCAAUUGGUGUGCCUCUGAUUCUACUCUCCACAAUUGUCGCGGCCCUGGCGGUCCCGCUCCCGUUCUUUAAUAAUCCCUACCUUAACUUGGGGUCUGCCAGCGCCCUCGGUUACGGAGUUUUCUACUGUCUUCUUGAUCCCUUAGGGUACGUGGCAUUGCCCUUGCUCGCAUCGGUAGCUUAUUUUACCGUCAACACACUCUUUGCCGAGUUUCCGGUGGCCCUGGUGGUCAAAACGGCGUUGGGUAUUAGUGCUGCGGGCUGGGUAGCCCAGUUUAUCGGCCACGGGGUCUUCGAAAAGCGGGCCCCAGCGCUUUUUGACAACUUGGUCCAGGCACUUGUACUCGCGCCAUUCUUCAUCUUGUUUGAAUUGGUUUUUGCGGCUGGGUUCCGCAGGGACUUGAAGAAGAAAAUGGACAACAAAGCUGGGGUUUUGGUGAGAGACUUCCGUGUGGGGAAGAAGGUCCAGUGAAGGAUCAAUUGUAAAGGUCAGAGCGAGCUAAAAUCUUUUCUAGGAAGGCUCGUCUCAUAGAUGUGAAGGUCAAGGUGUUUAAUAUGCCCACUUUUGCUUUAUUUAUCCUAGGGGCUGAUUUUUCUGUUUACUUCCCACCCUUUAAAGCCCCGCUGCGAGGCUAUGUUUCACUUGCAUCUCGCAAGAUAUUUAUUUUCUACUUCUUAUAUUACUACUCCAGUUAAUAUAUAGCGAACUAUUUCAGUGGCUUAUUUGUCCCGGGGGAAUACUAGGCCCGCUCUGUUGAAGGUGUGGGUGCUUUAACAUGUGGAUUUUCAGGACCAGCUACAAAGCCAUGAGGUGGUUAAC